AAUUCUCAUCUCACCAGUCAUCUCGUCCUAGCCAGGCUUCCCUUGCCCUAGGAUUGCGCCGCCGCCGAUCCAACCGGCUUCUCCCCGCCCGACGGCCGCGAUGUACAACGGCAUCGGGCUGCAGACCGCGCGGGGGUCGGGCACCAACGGGUACGCGCAGAGCAACAAGUUCUUCGUCAAGCCCCGCUCCACAUCCGGCGGGGGUCCGGGCGGGCCCCACAGGCCGCUGCGCUCCGACGCCGCCGGCGCGGAUGGCGGCGGGACGCGCAAGCCCAACAAGGAGAUCCUCGAGCACGACCGCAAGCGCCAAGUCGAGCUCAAGCUGCUCGUGCUCAGGGACGCGCUCGAGGAGCACGGCUACACCGAAGACGAGAUCGAGGAGCGCGUCGCGGAGGCGCGCAAGGCCUCGGAGGCAGAGGCGGCCGCGGCCGUGGCUGCGGAGGAGGCAGGGAGCGGUCGUGGCGCCGGGCGACCGCCUCUGUCUGGCAGAGGGUAUGGAUCUGUUGGCGUCAUUUAGGUUUCAGAUUGCCGCAGAUAAGGCCAGAUGUCGAUUAUCUAUCCAGACCUGGAUGUAGUGGCUUCUAGUACGUAUAUUAGUAUGGGAGACUUCUCCAGUGAAAUCACACGGACGAUAAUACAUAGAUGUCUUAAAGAGGAAUCCCAUAUUCGAAUUGUAGGUUCUGUUUAUAUGUUCGGCAUUUGUGUAUCUUUUGGAUCGUAAAAUCA